GAAGCUGCCGACACUCGUCAGCCGACCUCCUCUGUUUCUGUCUGUUUGUGAUGUUCCGGUCACUUCUCUCUCACUAAUCAUCAUCCCUCACUUUCUUUACUCCUCACCAGCCUCUUAUCUUCUUCAUUGGGCUUUCAUUCCAACUUGAAAAAGAAAAGGAAACUCCCACUUCUUCUUGUUCUUCAUUCCAUGCACUCAUGCGCAGUAACACAGUGAGACACAAAGACUAAAGCACAGAACUUUCUGGGUUUCGUUUUCUGGGUUUUAUUCAUUUUGUUCAAAACCGUUGAAAAAAAUUUCUGGGUACCACUCAAUUUCCGUGCAACUUCCAAAGUCAACUCCUUUUUCUUGAAAUAUUAUAUGUUCUCUACCUGGGGUUUUAGUUGAAAUCCCCAUCAUCAUCAUCAUCAUCAUCAUGCUUUCGGCGAAAUCAGAAUCAGAUAUUACCAGUUUGGUAUCUUCUUCACCUUCAAGGUCUCCCAAGAGACCUGUGUACUACGUGCAGAGCCCUUCAAGGGACUCUCACGAUGGUGACAAGUCGUCGUCAAUGCAGGCGACUCCUAUAUCCAAUAGCCCCGUAGAGUCUCCUUCGCACCCUUCUUUUGGGAGGCAUUCAAGGAACUCGUCGGCGAGCAGAUUUUCUGGGAUUUUCAGGUCAUCUUCAGGGAGAAAAGGAGGAAGCAGAAAGAGAAACGACAAGGGAUGGCCUGAGUGUAAUGUGAUUAUGGAAGAAGGUGAGUAUGAUGAGCUCAAGGAAUUGGCCUUCACCAGACGUGUCCAGGCUCUGAUUGCUCUGUUCAGCUUUGUCGCUCUCUUCAGUGUAUUCUGCUUGAUCAUUUGGGGUGCCAGCAGACCUUUCAAGACAGAGGUUACCGUCAAGAGCUUGGCAGUACAUAAUCUGUAUGUUGGGGAGGGUUCAGACUUCACAGGAGUGCCAACAAAGUUGCUCACUGUAAAUGGAUCAUUGAGAAUAAAUGUGUACAACCCUGCCACGUUUUUUGGAAUCCAUGUCUAUUCCUCUCCCAUCAAUCUAGUCUUCUCUGAUAUCACUGUUGCUUCUGGUCAGUUAAAGAAGUAUUAUCAGCCCAGAAAAAGUAAGAGAGUUGUAUCAGUGAACUUGGAAGGGAACAAGGUUCCACUAUACGGGGCAGGAUCAACAAUCACAGCGUCCCAAACAGGGGUUGAUGUUCCACUCACACUCAAGUUUGAGAUUCGUUCAAGAGGGAAUGUGGUUGGCAAGCUUGUGAGGACCAAGCACUACAAGCAAAUCACCUGCCCACUGCUCCUUAACUCUUCCAGAUCCAAACCCAUUAAGUUCAAGAAGAAUUCUUGCACCUAUCAUUGACUUCAAUUUAUGUUGUGAGCUGUGUUGUGCAGCGUUGUGAGUUGUAAGCCUUUUGUGCAAAUAAACGAGCUGUGAAAUACGCAUGAGCAUGAAAUGCAGGAGCUGUAUGUGAUUUGAUUGCUGAUGAGGAAGUCAUUUAUGCUCUUUA